CCCACCUUUACGUAGAAUUCUCAUGACCAGCACAGCGCGCUAACCAUUGGAAAAAUGUAAUUUUUGGGAUGAGGCAGUUCGCGGCAGCUCGGUUGUGUGCUGGAGUUGGUCGUCGUCAGUCUGCAUCUGGAUUUCAUCGUGAGUGGUAUUAAUUUUGUCCAACUUGCGCGACUCCGUGACUUGUAUUUAUUUAAUAUUCCCACUACAUCUUGUGUGGUUCUCUUUGUUUUAUAUUACUAUAUUUUGUGGUAAAGUUCUCCUCCUGAAUUAGAGCCAUGGCAUCCAAUCGUGCUACAAAAUCCGGAUUUGCCGCUGAGGCACAGAGAAAAAUCAACUCCAAGUACAGCGAGGAGCUGGCGGCGGAGAGUCUGGAGUGGAUUAAGGAGAUCACGGGUGAACCCAUAAGUACAUCUGGAGACAUGGAGAAUUUUUACGAAGUGCUCAAGGAUGGUGUUUUGCUGUGCAAACUCGUCAAUUGCAUCCAAUCGGGCUCCGUGAAGAAGAUCAAUGAAAGCAAGAUGGCAUUUAAGUGUAUGGAGAACAUUACAAGUUUCCUCGAAGUGGCCAAGAAUAUGGGAGUCCCUGCCCAGGAGACAUUCCAGAGCGUUGACCUGUGGGAGCGACAGAACCUCAACUCUGUGGUUAUUUGCCUCCAGAGCUUGGGAAGGAAGGCUCACAACUACGGUAAACCAUCAAUUGGACCCAAGGAGGCGGACAAGAAUGUUCGUAAUUUCUCCGAAGAGCAACUCAGGGCCGGUCAGAACAUCAUCUCGCUCCAGUAUGGAUCAAACAAGGGAGCCACACAGAGUGGCAUCAACUUCGGCAACACGAGGCACAUGUAGACAUAUAAAUGCCAUAGGAAUCCUGGCCAUUUAUUCCUCCUUCCUCCCUUCCAAUUCUUCAGCUGUUUAGCAGUUAACUGAAACUCCCGUUAGAGCCUUGAGAAACAUUCCGGAAAGUGUCUAUACAAUAUUAUAUAUUUUUGUAAGCGUCCAUUGACGACGUAUUGUUUUCUAUAGAGAAAGUGCAUUAAAAAAAAGCUUCCAGUUGUACUUGAUAUUUUUGAAAGAAAAAAAAUAGUUAAACUAUUUUUCUCGUGACAUAAUAGAGGAUAUAGAGAGAUGUUGAAAAAAAAAGGAAUAUUGUAUUUUUGAGAAAAAACUUAAUUCCUCAUCUUUAGACCCCGUCUUUUGGACUAAAUUAUCUCCAAAUUAUUGUAAAAUCCUUGUAAUUGUAAUAAAAAGUCUAUAUUGAAAGAAGAAACA